GUUGAUUGACAGCAUAAGCUGGUGACGACCCAUGGCUCCCAUGUCGAGCUAUGGAAGGCCAGCGCUUUGGUCACAGCAUCGCUGUGGCCCGGAGAGAAGGUUGGCCAGAUGCCGUUGCAGUUCUAUCCAAGAUGCGCCGCUGCAGCGUUCGCGCAGACGUCUUGCACGGCAACGCCAUCCUCAGCAGCUUCUCCGACGGCGACUUGGCGCCGUGGCACCAAGGCACAGAGCUCUUGCGGUGGAUGGGACGGGAUGCGCUGUGCGAUACCCGCAGCUUCAACAUUUGCAGGAGCCUGCUAGGCAGCUGGUGCCAGUGGAGCAUGGCCAGCUGCCAGCUGGACAGGCAACGCCUCCGAGGCCUCGAGGUCUCCGUGGUCUCCAGGGGCUGCAGCGCAGCGGUGCUGGGCAAAGCUGCGCGCUGGAUGGAGACCAUGCAGUGCCUGGGAGGACGACCCAACGUGGUCAUCUUCGGCUCGGCCAUGGCUUCGCUGCCAAGCACGUCUUGGUUGAAGGCCCUGGCCUUGGUGCGGCUGCUACGCAUCCGAGGUCUCCGCCUCAGCGACCAGUUUCUUGGAGCUGCUGAAGCGAUCCUCCCCUGGCAACGCUCGCUGUUCUGCGGAGCUCUACGGACUUCGAAGAGGUCGUUGAAGACGUUUCACGGAGGACUGGGCAACUUGGAGUGGCCUGAUGCCCUGCAGCAGCUCAACACCUGCAGGGUUUUGGACCACGUUGAUUUUUGCUACUGCUAUGCGAUGCAAAUGCAUGUGUGCAGCGUUUCAAUCAUCACCGUCAUGGAUGGAACCAUGGCGGCAGCGUUAGACGGGGAUGAGCCGGGCUGGACCCACGUCUGCGACCUCUGGUGCGCUGGCUUGGCCCGACUGGGACCGCUGCGGCUCACGGAGCUCAUGGCGCCUUCUCCUCGUGGCUCCUUCCUCCGAGCCCUGCUCUUCAUCCCUUGGGCCGCUGGCCGCAUCCACACCUGUGCCCUCCCAUUGCCGUUCACUCCCAAUCGGGAUAUUGCGCCUUCUCCUGUCUGGCUUCCCCUUAUGAUUGGAAGGCAUCAACGUCGCCGGCUCACCGGCUUCCUCAACCAGCAAGCGCCACCGCCGGAGACAACCUGGGAUCCUCUCUUGCCUUGGCGAAACCGCCCUUGGUUUCGGCUUCGCCGGCGCCAUCCCCAUCUUCGAGAGGUCGGGCGGCAGCGCUGGUGCGGGCAGCCGCUUCGAGGCAUCCGAAUUGGAGAGGCCCAAAACCCUGGCCCACCCAUGCCUGGCACGCCUUUGGGCGGGGAUCGCCCCCCCCGAGAGAGGUCGCCCCAAGCUGCCGGCCAGGGACGUGUGUUUUGCCCUGUGCCAAUUUGUCCCUGCUCCGACCCUAAUCGGGCGAGGGGCUGGGCCAGCUGGACAACUAUGAGGAAUCACAUCGAUGCCCACCUUGCGGGCUCAUUGCAGGGCGAUGUGCCCACAGCUUGGCUGCACUCGCAGAACCGCACACGGUGCCUUGUUUGCGGGCUGAGCGUGUCCCAAACCCACGGGGUGCACCCCACAUGCCGGCCAGCAGCCCGGGCGGCUGCGGUUGACCCAGCUCAACCCAUGGACACGGACGCCUUGCAGCUUCCUUCGCUGGUUGCCAUUCAAGCUGCCAAGACAGCCACACUUCGUCACAUCCCGGUUGCAGCCCGACACAGCUGGAGCCAGGUCCUGACGCGCGCCUUGGCCGCUGUCGCCCACAGCAAUGAUGAUAAGGCUUGGCGGGAGCUGCUCAUGCUCCCUAAGUGUGUGCUUUGCGCCCCAGCCCGGGGAGGGAGACAGCACCGGAAAGCCGCUGCCGCUUACACCCUGGACCGGCUUCAACAGUGGCAGGAAGGGGAGCGGUUGUCUCUGUGGGACUCUCGCUCUCAAAUCCGAGAAAGCCGCGGCAGCACACCUUCCAAAGAGCAGCGACAAGCCUUGGCCACCAGCCUUGCCCGGGAAGGCUUUGACCGGAAGGCCUGUGCGGCCCUGUUGUCAACCGGCUUGUGUGCCCCCACUGCUGACACAGCCGCAGCCUUGCGGGCCCUUCAUCCUGACCAGCCUGCUCCCACAGUGGCCGCCAUCAAUGAUCUUCCGCUCGCGCCUGAACUUGCCCCUGACCUUGUUUUUCGCUGCCUCCGUGCCUUCCCUCGGGAGACGGCGCCUGGGGCAUGUGGCCUUCGCAUUCUGCACCUCAAAGAAGCCUGUGUCGCUGGAAGCAGUGAAGCUUUCCUCACCCAACUGACGGCGGUGCUUAACUUGUUGGCUCAAGGCCGUGCGCCCGACUUCGUUGCGCCUGUUCUGGCUGGGGCAAGCCUGGUCGCGCUCCCCAAACCUAAUGGAGGAGUUCGGCCUAUAGCAGUUGGGGAGAUCCUGCGGCGGCUCACGGGGAAGUGUUUGAUGAGCCUGGUCCGUGAAGAUGCACGGUCCUACUUCUGGCCUGCGCAAGUUGGCGUCGCUGUUCCGGGAGGUGCUGAAAAAGUCGUCCACACAGUUCGAGCCUGGCACCGGCGGCAGCAGUGCUCCUCUCACAAAGUGGUGCUAAAACUCGAUUUCACCAAUGCAUUUAACACGGUGAAUCGCGCUGCAGUGCUGACAGCCGUCUCGGAGCAUUUCCCUGCCUUGAGCCGGUGGGCAACUUGGUGCUACCAGCGACCUACCCGGCUGCAAUUUGCUGAGUGGGUGGUUGAGUCGAGUGCUGGGGUUCAACAAGGUGAUCCUCUAGGACCUCUCCUGUUUGCGGUCGCAAUCCAACCUCUUGCCCGCGACCUUUGCAACGCUGGCUUGGACAUUGCAGUCCACUACCUCGAUGAUGGGAUUCUGGCUGGGGAUGUUGCUGCGGUCAGCCGCGCUCUCCGCUUGGUCGAAGCCAGGGCAGCAACCAUUGGUUUGACCUUGAACCUGGCCAAGUGUGAGCUGGUUGCAGCUGGGUCCACGGACAUUGCUGCCCUGCAUUGCCACUUCCCCGACAGCUUGCUUCGCGACGCUGAGGGGUCCAACAAGGUGCAGCGUGACUUCGAGCUCUCGGGUGCCGCCGUUGGGGAUGCUGCCUUUGUCCGGGCCCACACCGCUGAACGGGCCGCCAAAGCAGGCGACCUCCUUGACUCUUUGGGAGAGUUGGAGGACCCACAGGUUGCCUUACGGCUUCUUCGCGCCUGUGCCGGGUUUGCUCGGAUGCUCCACAGCAUGCGCUGCAACCCUGUCACGGCGCAAACCAUGGCCCUUGACAUGUUCGAUGGCAUGCUCCGGCGGAGCUUUGGGGACUUCACUGGUUUGCACCUUACAGCAGCGCAAUGGCAGCAAGCAUCAUUGGGCCUGGCGCAUGGGGGGCUUGGCCUCCGGUCAACUUCCCAGCAUGCCGCUGCCGCCUUCCUGGCGUCUUGGGCAUCCACUCUGACUUCUGCUGCUGAGCUUGACGCAACUUUUUCUUUGGAUGAAGCAAAAGCUUGCCCAGACGUCCUUGCCGCCCUUGCCGCCUUUAACGCCCAGCUUCCGGCAAGUCAAGCCAUCAGUCUCGAUACCGCUCUGGGCCACAAUCAGACAGCUUUGUCCCAGAUGAUUGACCUGGCUGCCUGGGAAACGCAACUAGCCCACAGCACCAUUACCGGCAGGGCCACGCUCCUCUCUGAAGCUUCUGUUGGGGGGAGAGCUUUCUUGAAUGCCGUGCCCAGCGGACGAACCCAGAUGGAACCUGCGGCCUUCUUGUCAGAACUUCGUGUCCGCCUCCAAGUACCAGAUGCAGCUUCGGACACGUGGUGUCCCUUAUGUGACGCUGUUCUUGAUCACAACAGCCACCACGCCGGGAUGUGCGUUGCUGGCGGAGAGCGCACACAAAGGCAUCACGCUGUCCGCGACUUGGUGCAUACCUGGUGUCAAAGAGCCGGCCUACGCCCGGAACGGGAAAAGCUAGGGCUACUUCUCCCCACCGGCCCGGAAGACAUGAACAACAGCCAGGCCCGCCGACCCGCUGACGUGUACUUGCCUGCCUUUGCGGGGUCUCCCACUGCUUUUGACUUUGCCAUUACAGCGCCGCAGCGGCAGGAGACUCUCGCGCAGGCAAGCGUGCGCACGGCGGCGGCGGCAGAAGCCUAUGCCAGACACAAGGAACUCCACCUCCACACGGCCCAGGCCUGUGAGCAGCAAGGGGUCAAAUUUGUUCCUCUUGUUGCUGAGUGCACCGGCACGUGGGAUCCCAGUGCCUUGAAAGUUUUGAAACACAUGGCCCAUGCAGCUGCCGCCAAGACCGGUGAGGAACCGGCGGUCUGCUACAACCACAACUGUUGCAGGAACUUGGCACCACGAUUCGGUCCUUUCGGGCCCGAGCUGCGCUGCGGCGCCGCUUCGAAGCUUCUUGAGCGUGGCACCUUCAUUGGCACUACAGUGGGCACCCUUCCAGGUCCAGGUCACAACCGUCGAAGAUCGAAUUUGGCUUGA